AUGUCUGGAGACAAGACUACACAUUUCAGCCAUCUCCCUUUGGCGACUAACAAGGCUAUGGACUGUGCGUUGACGGGUUCUGAGCUGCUCUCAUGCGCCUAUCUUAACAAGGGCAGUGCUUUCACUGCCGAAGAGCGUGACGAGUUUGAUCUUACUGGAUUACUGCCAUCAAAUGUCCAGACUCUUGAUAUGCAAGUCAAGAGAGCAUAUGCCCAAUACGGCUCCAGAGCAGACAAUCUGGCAAAGAACACUUUCAUGACCAGUCUCAAGGAGCAAAAUGAGGUGUUGUACUACAAAUUGAUCCAGGAUCAUCUCAAGGAGAUGUUCCCGAUCAUCUAUACACCUACUGAGGGUGAGGCUAUCAGCAAUUAUUCGACACUCUUCCGUCGCCCUGAGGGUUGCUUCUUGAAUGUCAACGAACCGGAAAAGGUCGAGCAGCAUAUGUCACAGUGGGGAGGAGCCGAAGACAUUGAUCUGAUUGUCGUCAGUGAUGGCGAGCAAAUCCUCGGAAUCGGUGAUCAAGGUGUUGGGGGAAUCUUGAUCUCGAUUGCAAAGCUGGCCAUCUACACUCUUUGUGCUGGAAUCCAUCCUCAUCGUACCCUUCCCGUAGUCCUGGACUGCGGUACAAACAACAAGGAGCUGCUCGAAGACAACCUCUAUCUCGGUCUCCCUCAAGAGAGAGUCAGAGGAGAAAAGUAUGACAAGCUUGUCGACACUUUUGUCAAGACCGCCAGGAAGCAAUAUCCUAAUGCAUAUAUCCAUUUCGAAGAUUUUGGUCUGCCUAAUGCUCGUCGUAUCUUGGACAAGUACACUCCUGAGAUUGCUUGCUUCAAUGACGAUGUUCAAGGCACUGGAUGCGUCACUCUUGCUGCGAUCUACGCUGCACUCAAAGUUGCAAAGCUUGAGAUGAAGGACGUCCGUGUCUUAAUGUACGGCUCUGGAACCGCUGGUACCGGUAUCGCAGAUCAAGUCUCGGAUGCCAUUGCUGUUGAGUCCAACAAAUCAAAAGAAGAAGCCUUGAAGCAGAUUUGGUGUGUGGACAAGCCCGGAGUUCUCCUGGAGUCGAUGAAGGACGAUCUUACACCAGCCCAACACCCAUACGCACGCAAAGAUUCAGAUUGGGAAGGCAAGAAACAUGACGACUUGCUCGAAAUCGUCCGCGAAGUCAAACCUCACAUCCUGAUCGGUACAUCAACAAAACCAAAGGCAUUCACAGAAGAAAUCAUCAAGGAAAUGGCAAAACACACCGAUCGCCCCAUCAUUUUCCCUCUUUCAAACCCGACAAAGUUGCACGAAGCAGAUCCCAAGGACUUGUUCGAAUGGACAGAGGGUAAGGCUCUAAUGGCAACUGGCUCCCCCUUCGACCCUGUCGAGUACAAUGGCACUAAAUACGAAGUCGCCGAAUGCAACAACAGCACCACAUUCCCAGGUAUCGGCCUAGGAGCCAUCCUAUCCCGCGCAAAACUCAUGUCACCACCUCUGCUUGUCGCAGCUACCAAAGCUCUUGCCGCUCAAGCACCUGCUCUCAAGGAUGAGAAUGCAGGAUUACUGCCUGAUGUAACUAAUGUUCGCGAAAUCAGUGUCAAGAUUGCGGCAGCAGUUAUCAGAAAGGCACAAGAGGAGAAGUUGACACAGCAGGAAGGUAUUCCUGAUGAUGAUGGUGAGUUGGAGCAGUGGAUUAGAGCUCAGAUGUGGGAUGCUGAAUACAGGACUUUGAAGAAGGUGGAACACACGCAGGCUACCCGUGAAGCCAAGGGUCAAGCUGGCACAAAGGGAAAGACCGCGAAAAGGUCAAACUAG